UAUUCAAAAGAAACACAGCCAUCCUGUAAUCGAAAGUUCGGCUCCAAAAUACCUGGAAAACUAAUCAAAUUGCUCAUUAAGUUCAUGCACUCUUUUGCAGAAGCGGGCAUAUUGUUUUUACUAGGACAGCUGCUUCCUCUUUAGCAUGUACAUCAUGUUGAAAUUGUUUUAUGCAUACCACAUUUGGGCAACGUGAAUUUCUGAAAUUUACUUAACACAUAUGAACAACUCUUAACACACUUGUUGCACGGUGGAGCCCGCAGCAGAGCCCUACAUCAAACUCACUUGGGUCACAUGAUAUUUAAUUGACGACCGACUGGCUUCAACCGAGCCGCCAAUGUUGACUCUCAAUUAGGCUCAACAGCAAACUGUGAGUUAGCCGCACUAAAACAGAGAAAUCCCGUUGUUAACGACCAGUCCAAGAUGUCAGGGAACGGAAUAACACCCAGAAUAAGAAUGAUGUUACACCCUGAGCUGCCGAGGACCUACAGCCAGAGCCCUUUUAAUCGGCUCAGCCAUCAGAUGGAAGACAUCUUGGGAGAUGGUGGUAUCCUGAAAGAGGUGAUCCAACCUGGAGAAGGCCCACCCAUCCCACACAAUGCCUCAGUAUCAAUCCAUUUCUCUGCUUUCCUGGAAUACUCUAACCAACCUUUCGACACCAACUGUUACAUAAAGUACCCUCGGAUGAUGAAGUUAGGCAGAGAUGUGACACUGGCUGGUCUGGAGAUGGGUCUGCUGACCAUGAGGAAAGGAGAGUUCUCCCGUUUCCUUUUCCUGCCCCGUUAUGCCUACGGAGAGAUGGGCUGUCCUCCUCUCAUUCCCCCCGAUGCCAUGGUUCUGUACGAGGUUCAGGUCCUCGACUUCCUUGACUCAGGCCAAGUGGACGAGUUUGUUGGACUAAGCGUGGAGGAGCAGAACAGUGCUCCUCUGAACACGCUUCUCAACGUGGUCAGCACGCUGCGCGGCUUUGGCAACCGCUCCUUUAAGCAGAGCCGUUACGAGAGUGCCAAAGAUUCCUAUAAAGAGGCGAAGAUGUUGCUGGAGAACAGGGAAACCAGGAACGAUAUGGAGAGAGAGAGCAUCAGGACAGCACUACUUCCUCUGUACUUGAACCUUUCCCUCACCGAGCUCCGUCUGGAAAGCUCCCACAAAGCUCUGAAAUAUGGCAAAAUGGCCCUGGAAAUUGACACCAACAAUACAAAGGCUCUCUUUCGCUGUGGCCAGGCCUACCUGAACCUGGAAGACUAUGAGAAAGCCCAGGCUUGUCUCAUUAGUGCUCAAGCAAAGAAGCCGUUUGACACUGACAUUAACAACCUGCUGAGGAAAGUAGCCAUGUGCUAUAAAGACAAUUUGGACAGAGAGAAAGACAUGUACUCAAAGAUGUUUAAAGACCUCAAGGGUCCAGUGAAAACAUGAAGAUGAGGUAAAAGUGAUGGAAUACUGGAGUGAAGAACGUGUGAAGUCUCUGAAAGUUCAUUUUCACACCAUAGUGGAAUGAAUGGAAGCCAAAGGCUGGACAAAAGGGAAGGAAAAUUAUGUGAAAAUACAGCUGCUUGCUUUAGCUGAAGAUUAGCAGAAGUUUAGUUUCAGUUUACACACUUUGUAGAUGUUACACCAAACAUGCAAAAUUAUAUGCAUGAUUCUUUAAGUCAGAGUGAUUUUUUCCUGGUUUGUUAAUACUGUUUUUCUCCCUGGUUUCCACUCUGUUUGGAAUGCUGACUAGUUCAAUGAAUAUGUCAAACAAGUUGUAAAAAAAGAUUCUGCUAUAUUCCUACAAGGACUGCUUGUUUGUAAAUGUCCUUAAUAUUCCUUGACUUUCCCUUCCCUCUCAGAAUUCCAUGAUAUCCCAGAAAUUCCAUGCCUGCUGGGAACCUUGAAUAAUCCAUGUUAAAGUAUACUUUGUACAGGACAAUAAAAGACAAUGUCCUUCACUGUU